CCACAUAUGAUUCCUCUGUCCCGUUCUCGUGCUCCUCUGUAGAUAAAAACUCGACAGUUGCCUUUCAGUCCCAGAGAUCUCAUAUCAAAACCUUUCAGUCGCCAUUCAAGAUGAGGUUUUCAGUUAUCACUCUCGCAUGCCUAGCUUUGCUGCUACAGUCUUCUCGCAUCCGGUUACCGAUGCCCUUGAGAAGCGCGACGACCACACCUUCAAAACUGUUCUCAAAACAACCUGGACUGAUCUUGAUGUUGCUGAGAAGGCAAUCCAUAAGUACGAUGACGACAACUAUGAAUUUAUUGAAGCUGUCGACACUGCCCCCAAGAAUUUACAAAAGAGUGAAAAGGAGGUUAAGGCAUCUGGAGCCCUCAGUAAGGCUGGUGUUGCCGACAUCAAGUUGAUCUUUCAAGAUUUAGUGACUGUGUCCAAGGCUCUACACGAUGAGUUGAUUGUCAAGAGACCUACGAUUGAGGCCACCAGGAAAUGCAGGUUUAUCCGCGUUAAAUUGUCGCUGCUCUGGGCUUUCUCGGCCAACCUCGUCAACGCUAUCGCUGACAACUCUGAGCCCAAAAUCAAAGACCUCAUUAGGGGUUAUGCUGGAGACUACCUCGUUAAUAUUCGAAAAGCUGAAUAUGGGUUUGAUGAAUCGAAAUGCAUCGAUGCGACAUACGACUUGUCGUCGCAGGGUGACCUGUAGCUGGCAUAUAUCAGUCAAUUGCUCAGAACAAGAUAGAGGACCAACACGACUUGGUGGAGAAUCGCAGGGUCCUGAGAUCUAGCAAUCAAAGAAUCGCCGG